AUGAGCACCGAGCACAGCUACGAGAUUCCCAAGGGCCUCCGCGCUAUCCCUGCGAGCCAACUCGACCUGCGAGCCGACGCAGAACUGGACCAAGCUUUGACGCAGCAUCAGCCCGUCGUGGAUGACAAGAACAUAUGGUUCUACUGGCACAAUGGUUACGAGAACAUGUAUCCUACAGCUCAGCGCACGGUCCGCACCUACCAACGACGGUUCGGCAAGCUUGGCUGGAAAGUUCGCGUGGUAAACCGUGAGCCAGGCUCGCCGCUGAAUAUUGCCAACUAUCUCGACGUUUCCGAUCCAACCCUCUUUACUGCGGCGUUCCGCGAGGGCACGAUUGGCAGCGACUACCCAGCACAGGUAAAUUCCGACCUGGUGCGGUUCCCCCUCCUUAUUCGCUACGGCGGCCUCUAUGCCGACACGGGAGUCUUGCCCAUCGGCGACCUGGACCGUCUCUGGAACGAGACCGUUGCCAAUGCCGGGUCGCCCUACGAAAUCUUUACCUUUGGCGAGGCCAAGGGUCAGACUGUGACAAACUACUUCAUGGCUGGCAAGCGCGACAAUGUCUUCUUCAAGCGCUGCCAUGAAUUUCUCAUCAAGCUUUGGGGCGAAAACGGAGGACGGACGAGCCCGGCAGGUAUGCAUCACAGCGCCUUGUUCAAGGGCUUGCCGUUGGCUGGGGAAGGCAACGUAGCCCUGACUUGGACGGAGAAUGGCCGGACUAUUAGUCUGGACGAGGGCCGCCGCAUGUUGACCGACUACCUCUUCCAAGGCCAGACGAUCAACAUGGUCAUGGGCACGGUUGACGAAACGCUUGGCUGGGACGGGCCACGCUACGGCAAGGAACACGUCUUCGCCAUUGAUUUUUUGACAGGCAGUCAGCUCAUCAACAGCCUCACGGGCUGGGACGGACGCCGCCAGUUUGAGCUGCUUUCCCUGCGCCUCCCCGUUGACGGGCAGGAGGAGACGGCCGACCAGAGGGAGGCCAGGGAGAUUGUGGAGCAAUGCCUGACGAGAAGCUUCGCCUUCAAGCUGGCCACCGGGCUCAUUCUGAGAGUGAUGGGCGACACACUGGGAGCUUUGUGGAAGAAGAACGCGGGGAGUGACGACGUGCCCAACACUUACGCCGCCUGGUUGCGGCACGCCACGACAUGCUUUACUCCGAUCGAGCUACCGGAACCAGUGGACGUGUUCCUAAGUGAACCGAUCAAGCGAGGGCGUCUCCUCGAGGGAGAAUAA